UUUGAUUGUUCCGAAUAAACAGAACACUUUUUUGAAUCAUUUUAUUAGCAUAGAAAUAAUGACAGUGUUAUAAUGGAUCAAUUUUUAAUUGAAUUAUCAGAAGCCAAGGAAACACAAGCAUCUUCCGAUGUCGAUGCAAAGACAAUAAAAUGUACUAAUUGCACCGACGAUGCACCGGCUACAUCAUCGUGUGUCGAAUGUGCUGAGUACAUUUGCGAAAGUUGUGUUCAGGCACAUCAACGCUUGAAAUUUACAAGGAACCACACAAUUAACACGAAAGAGGAAGCAUUAAUUGAUGAUAAAACUACAACGAAUGAUGAAAAAAUGCUCAUGUGUCACGUUCAUCCACAGGAAAAAUUGUCACUUUUCUGUGAAACUUGUGACAUAUCAACGUGCCGCGAUUGCCAGUUAGUCGACCACAGAUACCAUAAAUAUAAAGACGCCAACGAAACACGUGCCACUCUAAAAUUAUUAUUGAAUGAACUCACAUAUAAACGUGAUCUGCUGAACAGCGAAAUAAAGGCUAUUGAUGAGCGUGAAAAAUUGAUAGCUGAUGGAAAAGAGAAAUUGGUCACCAAAAUCACUAAUAUGGUUGUUCGAAUAACGAAUACGGUUUAUAUGCGAGGAAAACAACUUGAAAUGCGUUUGAGUGAAGUAUGCGAUGGAGAAUCAUUGGAUCAAUGUAAUGAUAGAAGUUGUUAAAAUUAUAUUUUUCUUGUCAAGAAAUUCAAUAAUAUUUCCUCUGUUGUAGUACAUUUUAGGAAACAAAAGGUAGUUAUUCGACUGAAUUUUGAAGCUAACAUUUAAGCGCUUUUUAUAUUAUGUCGAUUUAAUAAACAUUUAUUUUGCUAAA